AUGUCUGAAGUCGGUGAAGCUAGUGCUAAGUGUAAAACACGUGUACAUUUAUCUGAUGAUGCCAAAGAAAUUAUUAGGAAUGUUUAUCAAACUGUGAAAGAAGAUAAUCCAAAUCCAGAAGACGGUAAAUUCCUCAUCAAGACAACAUCUCGACUGACAAGGAUGCCAUAUACAACAGUGUGGAAAAUUGUUACGAAUAGAAUUCAACCUCGUAAAAAGCGGAGUGACUUUUCUACACAUAAAGCAGUAAAUGAAAAAGACGCUGAGGUAAUUAGAAGAGCAAUUUACAAUUUCUGUUCAAAGAACCUAGUUCCAACGCUUAGUAUGAUCUACGAUCAACUUGUUAAAGACUAUUCCAUUACGUAUUCGCCUUCAACUUUAUCAAGAUUUUUGAAUCACAUUGGUUUUCGAUACAAGAAAAUUAGUAAGCAAUCAUCAAUAGUGGAUUCUCCUCGUCUAAUUAAAUGGAGAAAUGAAUACUUGGAUGCUAUAUCUAAAUUUAGAGAUGAAGGAAGACCGAUAUUUUAUCUAGAUGAAACAUGGUUCGAUACCCACGAUACUGCUCAAAAAGGUUGGACAGACGAUUCUAUUAAAUGUGCACCCAAUUAUCCAAUUAAUAGAGGUCAGCGAAUAAUUAUUCUGAACAUUGGAUCCAAAAAUGGCUGGCUUGGAGGGGAAAGUUUUUUACUAUCGGCAAAAAAUAUUAAAGAUUCAAAGCUGGACUACCAUGAAAAUAUGACGAGUAGCUUGUUUAAGGAAUGGUUUGAAAAGAAGGUGUUGCCAAAUUUGCCUCCAAAAAGUGUAAUUGUAAUGGAUAACGCAACGUAUCACAGCGAACAAAUUAGAAAAAUCCCCAGUGUAGGUUCGACAAAAAAACAGAUAUCUGAUUUUUUGUAUGACAAUGAUUUGUACUUUGAAGAAACAUAUACAAAAAAAGACAUGUUGGAAGUUCUUCACACAAAAGUGUUUGAGAAACAAUUUGUUAUAGACGAAUUAGCCAAACGUGAUGGUCAUAAUGUAUUGCGAUUACCUCCUUACUAUUGUGUCUUCAACCCCAUUGAAUUAAUCUGGAGCCAACUUAAGGAAAGUUUACGGCGAAACAACUGCUCUCCCAAAUUUAGUAGCGAAUCGGUGUCACAUGUUGUAGAAGAAAUAAAAAAGAUUUCCCCAAUACUGUGGCAAAAUUGUGUUUCACAUGUUAUAUAA